AUGGCUGGACUACGAAAGUUAACUACAGCGUUCAUCAGUGGGAAGCUACUGCUUCUCCUUGUUGCCUGCGCAAGUCCGGGACCCGGCUACGACACCUCCACCCAGAUCCUGUUCGACCAAUACUCUCAUCCCUCAGACUCGUGGCUCAAUCGCGCGCUUGAGCAUGUCGUGCUCAGACUCACCAGAUGGGACGGCAUAUACUUUGCCUCCUCAUCUACCCGUGGCCACGUCUACGAACAGGAAUGGGCCUUUAGCUGGGUGGUAGCAAAGAUCACCUCUGCGGUCUCAAGAGUCUUUCUUUCGCCGCUUCCGCUCUCGCCCAUUGUCAGCCAUGCUCUCGCUGGAGUCAUCGUCUCACACAUCUCGCAUUUACUCGCGGUCGUCUUACUGUACUUGCUCACGAACAAUCUCGUACCAACCGAGCAGAACAUCAAGCGCCAUGUGGCUUUCACGGCAGCUUGUCUGCACAUUGUCUCGCCGGCUGGUGUCUUCCUCUCUGCGCCAAAUGCUGAAAGCACUUUCGCCCUGUUCAACUUUGCUGGGAUGCUGAGCUAUGUGUAUGCCAGUCAGAAUCGGCUGGAUGCUAAAGCAACAGCUUCGGCAGCCUUCUGGACCAUCGCAGCAGGUACAAGCUUCGGUAUUGCUACCACGAUUCGCGUCAACGGCCUACUCAGCGGCAUCAUCUUCGCUUGGGAUGCGGUCCUAGCUCUUGCGCAUCCUUCAACCACCCUGAGCAGUAGUCACAGGACCACUGUCCUUGCUGGAACCAUCCUCGCUGGCACGCUCGUAGCAGUGGGCUAUGCCGCACCCCAAGCGGUUGCGUACAUGGAGUAUUGCACUAAUGGCAACACGCGACCCUGGUGCACCAGGAUUCCACCAAGCAUCUACAGCUGGGUUCAAGUACACUACUGGGGCGUAGGCUUCCUGCGGUACUGGACGCUGAAUAAUUUGCCACUAUUCCUUCUCGCAGCGCCGAUGCUGGCGAUGCUGCUCGCCACAGGUCACCUGGGGUUGAUGCAGCCUGAGAGCUUGCUACAGAUGAUCACGCCAGAUGGAAGCAAGACCGCGAGUAAAGACUUGAUCAUCUUCCGACAAGUGCUUCCGCGCCUGGUGCUGCCGCAGAUCGUGCUUGCGGUGAUGGCGACCACGAGUUUUCAUGUGCAGAUUGUCAAUCGCAUAUCCUCUGGGUAUCCUGUGUGGUAUAUCGUGCUGGCCGUGGCUAUUGUCUCUGCUACCAAGACUGGAUCUUCGACCAGCAAGACUGAGAAGGAGGACACACAGCAACACCUCGAUACUCCGCCCAACGCCGACCGGUUGGAGAGCGUGGUGCGAGGUAUGGUCAUGUACGCCAUUAUCCAGGGAGGUCUGUAUGCUAGCUUCCUGCCACCGGCGUGA